AUCUCCGUCACUUAUCUCCUCGAAGCGGUAGAAAGUGAUCAUUUUAAACGCUGCUAUAUAACGUUGGAGUUGCGAAACUUAACCGAGUACGCGUCUCUCUCUCUCUCUCACACACACAAGCACGCACGCACACAUAAAAAAGAACCGUCGCGAUUUUUGGCAAGUGCGCGACCACCCCGAUGGCAACGACGUCGUCGGUGGCAACGGACCUAGACUCCGACCUCCCCGCCCUCGCCGCCCUACAACACCGCGAGCUCAUCGCGGCCCACGCCGUCGACUCCGACCUCGACUUCGCCUUCCACCUCCAACUCCAAGAAGCCAUCACCGCCUCCCUCUCCCUCCUCCCCUCCUCCUCCUCCCCCUCCCCUCCCUCACCCCCUCAAAACGACGACGUCCUCAACUUCUCCUUCCUCCAAGCCCAAGAACUCGAAAACUUCGGAAGCUCGCACCACGACCGCCUCCUCACCCAAGCCGAAAUAAAAGCCGCCAGCGUCGAUCUACACCGUCGGAUCCACGACCGGAAGAUCGCGGCCGAGAUCGAUCAGAUGUCGGAGGACGAGUGGGACCAGUACGGGGAUAACUUCGCGAGGCCGUACGGGGAGGGGUCGAGCAGCGGUGCGGAUGCGACGACGUUUAGGGUUUACUGCAAGGGUUUGGUGAGCGAGGAGAGGGUGGGUUUGGUUGGGAUUGGUGUGGCGAUAUGCGAUGAGAGGGAUGACUUGGUUUUCGAGAUUAGGAAACCAGUGGUUGGGAGCGGGAGGAGCCGGCAGGUGGCGGAGAUUGGGGCGUUGAUUGAAGGGCUGAGUGCUGCCGUUGAUUUGGAGUUGAAGAGAGUCGUGUUUUACUGCGAUUACUAUCCGCUUUACCAGUUUGUUCUUGGUCGAUGGCCACCCAAGCAAUCGAAGAUUGCAACUUUAGUUAGUCAGGUGAACCUCCUCCAAAGAAAAUUUGUUUACUCAGCCCCAGUCCUUGUAGCCCGGAAUGAUAUCAAAUAUGCAUUUAAGCUUGCACGAGAUGCAAUUGUUUCUCAGAUCAACAGGCCUUUAGGAUCUAGCAGUUUGAAGAACAUGUAUGAGACUUGUGUAAUAUGUUUAGACGAAAUAGAUACCGGCCAGAUUUUCUCGGUUGAUGGGUGUUUGCAUCGUUAUUGCUUUUCUUGUAUGAAACAACACGUUGAAGUGAAGUUGCUUAAUGGGAUGCUACCCAAAUGCCCACAUGAAGGCUGUAAUUCUGAACUGAAAAUUGAGACCAGCCGAAAGUUCUUGACUCCUAAAUUAAUUGAGAUUAUGAGCCAACGCUUGGAGGAAGCGUCCAUUCCUGUUACUGAGAAAAUUUAUUGCCCAUAUCCUGACUGCUCAGCCUUAAUGUCAAAAAGUGAGGUCUUAGAAUAUUCGAAGAGGACAUUAUUCGGUACUGAAAGGCUGGGAGUCAGGAAAUGCUCAAAGUGUGAAAAACUCUUUUGUAUCAAUUGCAAGGUUCCAUGGCACAGCAACACGAGCUGCCUUGACUACAAAAGUAGAAAUCCCUAUCCCCCUGCAGCAGAUGCAAAGCUGAAGACCCUUGCAGAUGAGAACCUAUGGCGUCAGUGCGUAAAGUGCAACCACAUGAUUGAACUAGAAUCGGGGUGUUACCACAUGACUUGCAGGUGUGGGUACGAGUUUUGCUACACUUGUGGAUCUGAGUGGAAGAACAAGAAAGCAACAUGCUCCUGUCCACUAUUUGACGAUGCUGAAGAGGAUUAUGAGGAGGAUGAUUUUGAAAAUGAAGAUGAUGAUUUUGAGGAUGAUGAUGAUGAUUUUGUUUACUACGACGGAAUGAGGAUCUAUAUUUGAAUUUGCAUACAACUGGGCGAUGCUCACAACAACGGGUAGUAUUCCUUUGUGCGGGUAAGCACUUGCACAAACUACAAACUACAAAUUAUAUGUAAUUAUCUCCUCCCCCCACCUAGUUUCUUUCCCCAGCUACCCAACCUCUCGACUACCCUUUUUGUGCCAUAAACUUGUGGAUUCACUAUCCUGAUUUCAGUGUCUUGUGAAGAUUUUGUGGCGAUUAUAUAUAGCUGUUUCUGUUGGGACCA